UUGUGUAUGGCGCCAUCUUGAGGCGCCGCCAUUACUGGAGUGUAGUUUGCAAAACAAACAAAACUGCAGCGUGAGACACCACGGCCAAAACACCGGUAACAACAGUCAGCGCAAACAUGGCUAUUUGGAUCGAUGAUGUUAGACAAUGGCCCCCAGUUACAGAUGAUGGCAUUCAAGAGUAUUUCAUUCAUCAUCUGGCAUCGGAUGAUCAACAAAAUGCCAACUACAGGUCGCUCAUUGAGGGUCAAAAUUACCUGAACUCCGGGUGGGUUGGCCAAAUCCUGCACACUCUCCCCGAUGAUGAACACAUCACUGUAAGAGCACCUGUCCGAUUCUCACAGACUAUUAACAGCCAACAUAACGUCAAAUUAACUCUGCAGAGACGAGAUGGGAAAGUUGUAAAUGUGGACUGUGAUUGUAUGGCUAACAGAGGGAAGUGUUGCAGUCACACAGCAGGUGUACUGUACAAGAUGAAGUAUGUUGUGACCCAAGGCCUCACAGGAGUAUCCUGCUCUGACAAACUGUGUGCUUGGAACCAAUCCACUUGGAAAAAUGUACUACCAGACACAAUUGAAAACAUUAGAAGACCAGACCAUGCUCACAGGGAAAGUAUGAAGCUUACAACCAAGGCAUUUGAGUCUGAUGCAGAUGUCAUUCAACACUUCUCAUCCCCGCAGUUGGCUGGCUUAGCCAUGAUACCUGGAACCAUUUUGCAUCAUGUGCUAACAGCACAGCCUCAGAGAAAAGCAACUGAUGAACUACCCAAAGAGCAUGCACAAUGUGCUGACCAUAAAUGUACACUCUGCAAUAUAGUGUUUGAAACAUAUGUUAAAUGUAGGAAAGAUGACAGAGAAAAAAUUGAAAGAAAAUCAAAGGGCCAAGAUGGUCAAUUUUGGCUAGACCAGAGAAAGAUUAGGAUAACCAGUAGUCAAGCAUUCGGAGUGCCUAGAAAAAUAAACCCAAGUAACUGGGUGGAAAGAAAACUGAAUGCUGAGUUUGAGGGAUGUGCAGCUACCAGGUAUGGUCAAUUAUCUGAGCCUUUAGCUAGGAAAUGGUUUGAAAAGACUACAGGACAAACAGUUGAGACCACAGGUCUAAUUGUGCAUGAGGAAGAAAACUGGCUUGGUGCUAGCCUUGAUGGAAUAAUUGACACCAAUACCAUCCUUGAGAUUAAGUGUCCAACAGCAAAGAAGCUUGAAGCACAUGAUGGCAGUUUGAGGAAAAUGAUAGAGUCUAACAAAUAUGAUGUGAAGUAUGUUAAUGGAAUGUACAUCCUUAAAGAAACUGCAUCAGGAUUAGGCUACUAUUAUCAAGUCCAAGUGGCAAUGUGUUGUGCAAAAAAAAAUAAUUGUAAGUUUCUGGUAUGGACACCAAAUGAACAAGUUAUUGUAGAUGUGCGUUACAACCAGCAGUGGACUGAAGAACACAUCCGCCAUCUAAAGAAGGUCUACUUUGAACAUCUGCUACCAGCCAUGGCAACCAGAAUAGCACAUGGAGUAAUGACAGUGCGUGGACUCUAGUGAAGUAACACUCUGGACUUUAAUGAAAUUAUAGUAAUACAGGAUAACUGGUUAUUUUUCAUCACAUGCUGUUCACAGUUGAGCAUUCACAAUACAUGGGAUUAAACAAGACAAUGUAUUAAGUGGCUUGAAUGGUGUUCAUAUAUAAAGAAAAUGAAAUCAUGUUGUACAAUAAUGUAUCUCUUAAGUCUUAUGUCCCCACUCAUGUUCUGACAUAAGAUAGA